AUGUCUGGAAACGUUUGGUUCAUCAUUGGCGCUAGCAGCGGCUUUGGGAAAGCCAUCGCGGAAGAAGCCCUACGACGAGGUGACUCGGUUAUCGCAGCGUCUCGUCGAGGAACUACUCUCAAGGACCUUGAGGCCCUCGGUGCAACGCUCAUGGACCUUGAUGCGACGAGCGAUGAUACGACAAUCAACGCAGCAUUCCAGGCCGCCAUCGAAAAGUACGGCAAGAUCACCCACUUCAUCAAUGCUCCCGGGUAUCUGCUUGAGGGACCUGCCGAAGGCGUGAGCCAAAAGGAGGCUCUUGAUAGCAUUACUGUCAACGUCCUUGCCAUCACGAACUUGACUCGCCUGGAGAUUGCGUACCUGAGACCUCGCAAGUCAGGCUAUAUCGCGAAUUUCGGCAGUAUUGGUUCCUGGUUUGGCGGCCCAGUGUUCUCGCAUUACUGUGCGGCUAAGUGGGCAGUAUCAGGGUUUACCGAAAGUGUCCACAACGAGGUCAAGGAACUCGGUAUCAACGCUCUUGUGAUCGAGCCUGGUUACUUCCGCACCGAGUUCCUCCAAGCACAGGGCAACAACCGCAAGCUCGUGUCUAACAUGCUGGAGGCCGAGUAUAAGGGAACGGCCGUCGAGGCGAGCCGUAAGGCUAUAGCCGCUGUCAACAACCGCCAGCUUGGCGACGUCGACAAGGGCGCCAAGGUCAUCGUCGACGUGCUCACUGGCACGGGCGUCGCUGCUGGGAAAGCGUUCCCUAUUCGCCUCCCGCUCGGCUCUGACUGUGUGAGGGACAUACGUGCAAAGAUGGCGAGCACGGAAGCGCUUAUCCAGGAGUGGGAAGAUGUCCUCCUCUCGACUGACCAUGAUGAUGCGAAGCAGGCCUAG